UAAUGAUAAAGCUAAUUAUAAAAGGGAAAAAGCAGGACAACUGAAAAAGAAAGCAGCCUACAAUUGAUACUACUUUUACUCUCAUUUCGAUUUCAUCCUCUCAUUGCUUCACUAUACUCAAAUGCUGAAGCUAUUUAGGGUUUAUCAAUUCUUUCUUAAUUUUCUUAACGUCGUUUCCAUGUUCCUCACUGUCCUCACCGAGUAGCAAAUGAUGCAGUAUCAAGUUCGAAGUUGUUACAAACACGGCAAUUUCUUUUAGUUUUUCUCUUCUGUUGAGUAAAUUGUCAAACAAAAGAUGGCAACUGAGCUUGUUAAUUCUGCAACAAGUGAGAAACUUUCUGAAGUGGAUUGGGCAAAAAAUAUUGAAAUUUGUGAAUCUGUUGCUCGUGACCACAGGCAAGCUAAAGAUGUGAUUAAAGCCAUUAAAAAACGCUUGGGAAGUAAAAACUCAAACGCCCAACUGUAUGCAGUGAUGUUGUUAGAGAUGUUGAUGAACAACAUCGGAGAACAUAUUCAUAAACAGGUGAUUGAUGCAGGAAUUCUCCCUAUUCUUGUGAAGAUAGUGAAGAAAAAGUCAGAUAUGCCUGUACGAGAGAGAAUUUUUCUUCUUCUAGAUGCCACACAGACCUCCCUUGGUGGUGCUUCUGGAAAGUUCCCCCAAUACUAUAAUGCUUAUUAUGAAUUGGUGAGUGCAGGUGUACAGUUCCCACAAAGACCUAAUACUGUACCACCAGGCCAUCCUCCUUCACAUGUAAAGGAGAGUAGUACACUUAAUAGAGAACUUGCCGCCUCUAGACAUGAAGGAGGUGCUGUUGCUCCACAGUCAGAGAAUGUUCCAGAAUCUAGUAUCAUUCAGAAGGCUAGUAAUGCGUUGGAGGUUUUGAAAGAAGUCCUUGAUGCAGUUGAUUCUCACAGUCCGGAAGGGGCAAAGGAUGAGUUUACACUUGAUCUUGUGGAACAGUGUUCUUUCCAAAAGCAGCGAGUUAUGCAUCUUGUAAUAACUUCUCGGGAUGAGAAGGUGGUUUCUCAAGCAAUUGACUUGAAUGAGCAGCUCCAGAAAGCUCUCACAAGACAUGAUGCCCUUCUCUCGGGUAGGUCUACACCAACUGUCAAUAGACCUACCCCAACUGCCAAUCAUUUUAACCAGGAGGAACCCUAUGUCUCGGCUCGGUCUAUGUCAACAGCCAAUCAUGUUAAUCAUGAAGAAGAGGAAGAAGAGGAGGCUGAGCAGCUUUUCCGAAGGAUAAGAAAAGGAAAGGCACGUGCAAGGCCUGAAGAUGAUGACUCAGUAGAGCGACCCCCAGUGGGCUUCUUCGGAUCUUCAAUUCCAGCUGAUAGAUUGAACCGACCACUUAUACGUCCAGUGCAGGCAGACCCACCAUAUCAAACAAAUACACACCCUCCACCAGUUGUGCUUCCACCUCCACCUGCAAAACAUGUAGAACGGGAGAAGUUCUUUCAAGGGAAAAAAGUUGACGGAUCUGGUGUCACUGGUCACAUGAGGGGCCUUUCAUUACACAGUCGCGAUGCCAGCAGUUCUCGCAGCGGAAGCUUAGACUUUAGUGAAUGACCAUAAAAAAGAUAUUUAUUUGUUAAAUGGGUUAUGUGGUUUGUAAUUUAAUGUUGCAAGGGCCGGUGUUUUUCAUUUUUUCAGUGACUGGUGCUGUUAGGGGGAAGCAUAUAGCUGAAUACUUCCAUAUAAAAAAUUAUCUGUUCUGGUUA